AGAUGCGUCCCAGCUAGCAAGCCGGGUCCCCAGCUUGUCCCCCCCCCCCCCCCCCCCCCCCCCCCAUCCCCCGCCUGCCGGUCCUUCUCUGAGCGCUGACCCGGAGGAAAGGCAGCGCCUAGUCAGGGCGCUGAGGGACCCUUCACCGGGACGCCGGCCCCUCCCCGGGCCUCUGCUCACUUGCCCACCCCCCGAGAGUCCGUUCCCCUAGUCGGCCUAUCGGAUCGGGGACGUGGGGCGAGCUGAGAGCAGGCCCGGGGUGGGUGGUCAUCGAGGUGAAGACGUGGCUGUCAAGAUGAUAGAAGUACUGACAACUGACUCUCAGAAACUGCUACACCAGCUGAACACCCUGUUGGAACAGGAGUCUAGAUGUCAGCCAAAGGUCUGCGGCUUGAAACUAAUUGAGUCUGCCCAUGAUAAUGGCCUCAGGAUGACUGCAAGACUGCGGGACUUUGAAGUAAAAGAUCUACUUAGUCUAACUCAGUUCUUUGGCUUCGACACAGAGACGUUUUCCCUAGCUGUGAAUUUACUGGACAGAUUCUUGUCUAAAAUGAAGGUACAGGCGAAGCACCUUGGGUGUGUUGGACUGAGCUGCUUUUAUUUGGCUGUGAAAUCGAUUGAAGAGGAAAGGAAUGUCCCACUGGCGACUGAUUUGAUCCGAAUAAGCCAGUAUAGGUUCACGGUUUCAGACCUGAUGAGAAUGGAGAAGAUUGUGUUGGAGAAAGUGUGUUGGAAAGUCAAAGCUACCACUGCCUUUCAAUUUCUGCAGCUCUAUUACUCACUCAUUCAUGAGACCUUGCCAUUUGAGAGGAGAAACGAUCUGAAUUUUGAAAGACUGGAAGCCCAACUUAAGGCAUGCCACUGCAGGAUCAUAUUUUCUAAGGCAAAGCCUUCUGUGCUGGCGCUUUCGAUCAUUGCUUUGGAGAUCCAAGCACUGAAGUAUGUAGAGUUAACAGAAGGAGUAGAAUGCAUUCAGAAACAUUCCAAGAUAAGUGGCCGAGAUCUGACCUUCUGGCAAGAGCUUGUUUCCAAGUGUUUAACUGAAUAUUCAUCAAACAAGUGCUCCAAACCAAACGGUCAGAAGUUGAAAUGGAUUGUGUCUGGACGCACUGCACGGCAGCUGAAGCACAGUUAUUAUAGAAUAACUCACCUCCCAACGAUUCCUGAGACCAUGUGUUAGUUGGUAAAUCUGGUUGUUAUUCUCUGUAUACAGAAAACUUUCCAGUGUGAUCAUUUUCUGCUACAACUGAAGAAUUGGAAUACUAUCUUCAAUAUAAAGAAUAUGGGAUGAGAAUAGUAAAAGUGAAUUUGUCGAUCUAGAGAAUACUGGAAAGCAUUCACUGUGGACAGUGCAUAGCAGUCUUAAGAGAAUGAGCCUAUCAAACCUCUAGAUAUAUGCUAGUACUUCUCGUCAAAGGAUUAGCGUAGCAAAGUGAAUCCUCCAAACCCGAAUUUUAAAAGUAGUUACUGAAAUAGCACUUCUUUAAAUUACAUAUCACCCCACUGUAGCUUAUUUAAAGUUACAUAAGCCCAAGCAGAACAAGAAGAAAUGUGACCCAUAUAUGAACUAAUUUUAAUCUGUCCAUUGAUUAGGAAAGUGAAGUAUAAACUUGGGUGAUAGACUUACAAAGUAAUAUAGGGCAUGCCCAUGUUAGGUUUCUGGAAAGUGCUGGGGUGUCUCAAUUCUAUAGUAUUUUCCCUCUAUAGCAGUUGGACUAAUACAAAGUAACUAUAUGAAUGAAAAUAUAAAAUUGGUCUCUGCUACAUAUACAUUUUGGCCACCUAAAUCUCUUAAUCAUAGUAAAGAUUUAUCUUCUUAUGAUUAAAAACAUUUUUUUUUCUUAAUGUAUGGCGGCACAUGCCUUUAAUCCCAGCACUAGGGAGGGAGAGGCAAGUAGAUCUUUUGAGUUCGAAGCCAGGCUGGUCUCCAGUGAGUUGCUGGACAUUUAGACAGCUACAUAACGGAGAGACCCUGUCUCAAAAACACUCAAAACAAAAAAACAACAACUAAACAACAGGUGUAAAUGUUGCUUGGAAGAUAGGACAGAUGGUUUAGAAGGGACGGGUGCUUGCUCUCAAGCCUGACAACCAGACUUCAUUCUUCAGGACCCACAUGACAGAAGGAGAGAACAGACUCCCAAGUUCUUUGUGAGUUCUCUCACAUAUGCACAUGCCACACCACUCCCCCUGCAAUAAAAACAUAUGCUCAUACAUCUGAGAUAUCACCAGUCUGCCUCUAGCAGCUCGCAGUUUGUAGGCAGAUUUCUGUUAAUUUGGGUUUGAAUUGUUUGCCUAUGCAGCAGGAUUGCAGCAACGGCUACAAAAACUGUCCCUCAAGUCUUUCUGCCACUGACCUGAGUUUCCUAUGGUCCAGAAUUCACGCUGAGAAACCUCAGCACCUUGCCAUGGUAGCGCUGGCAGCAUAACCUCACGAUUGGGGACACUCCUGAUUCUAGGCUGGGGAGAGCUAUGCUUAGAUUUGAAUUCACCCAGGGAGCAUUCAAAUCCAAGCAAAAGACAUGAAUGUGAAAUAAAACUGUGAACCUUCAUUUUAACAUUGAUCUAACUUCCCAGAUUUGAUCAAUAUAUAUUUAGGUGGUAUUAAAAAUGGUAAACUGCUUAAUUUAAAUCUCAAAAUUUAAAUUAUAAGCUUUACAUCAAACCCAACAUUUCACGAAUGCACUUUUAAGGUAUUAAAAGAGGUAUUUAAGCGGUAAAUGGUUUCUUGGCACCCAUAACCAAGUAAUAGUUGUUUUAGAGGUGGGAUUUUUUUUUUAUUGCUAUGAGACUUAUAUUUAAAUUGUGGGUGAUUUAUAUAAAGCAGACCUCACAAGUUUUGAAAAUUUGUUACCUUUAAUAUUUCUUCUAGAGAAUAGGGGUUUGUAUCCAUAAUAAAAGAAAAAUUCCUCAGAAUUGCUGCUUCAAUCUAGUCCCAUGUGAAUUUGUUUUUCCUGUCUUAACUGGAUGAAUUAUCACUCUGAAAAUUUAUUUAUUGCACUAAAACUAGUUUAGGCUUGAUAAAACACUCCAGAAAUUUUUACCACAGACUCUUUCUAUAAAACUGCCACUGCUUCUAAUGUAGAAUUUUGAGAAUUUUGUUUUUAAAAGGAACCGAAUAUAUCUGGGAAACCUUUCUGUGAGUCUUAAGGGAAGCAAGGAGGCACCUCCAUAAGACCGCCAUGGUUGGGCUAGGAGUCUCCAUACUGGCUUGAAUGUAUGAUCUACAUUGUUCAAAUGCAGGCAGCUCUUCAGUGCACUGGACAGCCUAUGUCUACCUGGAAUAGCUCUAACCAUUUUGACAUGUAAUGGAUAAGAAAAUUAUCCAUUGAGAAGCUGAACAAUAAACCAAAGAACGGGUGUAUUUUACUCUUUACCUUUGUAAACCAUGUUUCACUGAGAACAUUUCAGUUCUUCCUAAAAGCUGAUAUGCUUCAAUUUGAAAACAAUAAUUGAUUUUGAGUGGAGAGAAGUAAACUAACCAACUACCGUUACGUUUUGAAUACACCUUUCAAUUAAAAUUACUGGAUGCAA